CCACAACCUUAACAUACGGAGUACAAAAUGGGUGGGGGCGAAGAAACGUUUAGCGUGCAACCAGCUCGUUGGGCCAUCGGUCCACCUCCACCCCGGAUCACGCAACACCUGGCGCGGAUAUGUAGUCUUGUUAUCCUUAUACUCGUCGGACAUUGGGUACAUGCUUACUUAGGCGGGGUUGCGUUUGGGCCCGAGGGACAUGCCGAUGGGUCGAACGAUACGAGCAAGCUAUUUAACUGGCAUCCCGUUCUCAUGACGCUGGGAUUUGCCGUACUGAUGUCCGAGGCGCUUCUGUCGUACCAAGCACCCCUGCCAGGCGCCGCACUACCCCGCCCCUCCCGCAAGCUGCUGCAUGUGAGCUGCCACGCUGCCGCUCUGCUCUGCCUGGCGGGCGGGCUGGCGGCUGUGCUGCGCUCGCACCGCGCCGCGCUGCCCGCCCCGCUGCCCGACUGGUACAGCCCGCACAGCUACCUGGGGAUAGCGGCGCUGGGACUGCUUGGGGGGCAGGUGCUGCUGGGAGCCUACGCCUACCUGUGGCCCCGCCUGCCGCUGCCGCAGCGGCUGGCACUGGGUCCGCUGCACCGGGCCGCGGGCAUGGCCGCCUGGCUGGCGGGUCUGGCGGCGGUGGGGGCGGGGCUGCAGGAGAAGGUGGCCUUCCUGCAGAUGAAGAAGGGGC